GCGGCAAUUUUCCCGGGAGCCGUUAGUCGCUCGUGAGACCUCCACCUGAAAGGACGUGAUCGCGGUGUUCCACAGUUUAUUGAUCUUUCUCAUUACCUCCAAUCCCAAACUCCCAAGAUGCGUGAAUGUAUCUCCAUCCAUGUGGGCCAAGCCGGCAUCCAAAUGGGCAAUUCCUGCUGGGAGCUCUACUGUCUUGAGCAUGGAAUCCAACCCGACGGUCAGAUGCCUUCGGACAAGGCUGCUGGGGACGAUUCCUUCUCGACCUUUUUCGCCGAAACCGGUGCUGGCAAACACGUGCCCAGAGCGGUUUUCGUUGACCUCGAACCCUCGGUCGUUGACGAGGUUCGAACCGGAACUUACCGCCAAUUGUUCCAUCCCGAGCAAAUGAUCUCUGGCAAAGAAGAUGCGGCCAACAAUUAUGCUCGCGGUCAUUACACCAUUGGCAAGGAGAUGGUGGAUAUUGUAUUGGAUCGUAUUCGCAAGUUGGCCGACAACUGCACGGGUCUGCAAGGAUUUCUGAUCUUCCACUCCUUUGGUGGGGGAACUGGCUCUGGAUUCACUUCGCUGUUGAUGGAGCGAUUGUCGGUGGAUUAUGGCAAGAAAUCCAAUUUGGAAUUCUCCAUUUAUCCUGCCCCUCAAGUAGCCACGGCUGUGGUGGAGCCUUACAACUCGAUCCUGACCACCCAUACAACGUUGGAACAUUCCGACUGUGCCUUUAUGGUCGACAACGAGGCCAUCUACGAUAUCUGCCGUCGUAAUUUGGACAUUGAACGACCCAGCUACACCAACUUGAACCGCAUCAUUGGUCAGAUCGUAUCUUCCAUCACGGCUUCCCUACGAUUCGACGGAGCGCUUAAUGUGGAUUUGAACGAGUUCCAGACCAAUUUGGUGCCUUAUCCACGGAUUCAUUUCCCCUUGGUGACCUACGCCCCAAUCAUCUCGGCUGAGAAGGCUUACCACGAGCAACUGUCCGUAUCUGAAAUCACCAAUGCCUGCUUCGAGCCCAACAAUCAGAUGGUCAAGUGCAAUCCUCGUCACGGGAAAUAUAUGGCUUGCUGUCUUCUGUACCGUGGUGAUGUUGUUCCCAAGGACGUCAAUACGGCCAUUGCCACGAUCAAAACCAAGCGGUCCAUCCAAUUCGUGGAUUGGUGCCCCACAGGCUUCAAGGUCGGCAUCAACUACCAACCACCCACCGUUGUGCCGGGUAGCGAUUUGGCCAAGGUCCAGAGAGCCGUGUGCAUGCUCUCCAACACCACAGCCAUCGCCGAGGCUUGGGCCAGAUUGGACCAUAAGUUUGACUUGAUGUACUCCAAGCGGGCCUUUGUCCAUUGGUACGUGGGAGAGGGCAUGGAGGAGGGCGAAUUCUCCGAAGCCCGUGAGGACAUGGCUGCCCUCGAGAAGGACUACGAGGAAGUAGGCAUGGAUUCGCAAGAGGACGAGAACGAAGAUGAAUAUUAAUAACGCUUGUGUUCUCUUUCCUAACAAGCAGCCUUCUGCCAUUCUGUAUCUUUCAAUAAAGCUUGACUGGUUUUAUCAGCUCGAACUAA